UUACUCUUGUUCCGAUUAGACACGUUCUUGGUUCUUGGAAGCUUCGGUACGGAACUUUAAAACAUUGUAAUUGUAUUUUCGAUUUCACAAUAUUUAAAACCUCUGGCCACGAUCGGUAUAAAUUUCUUAGCGUUUUCUUGGGCCGAAUAUUAUUAAAGCAGAAUGGCGAUGCAAGAUGUACUUAAUAAAAUGAAAGGCACAGCCUUAGGAGUUGCAGAGUAUCUUACACCAGUCCUAAAGGAAUCUAAAUUUCAAGAAACUGGCGUCAUUACACCAGAAGAGUUUGUUGCUGCUGGUGACCAUCUUGUUCACCACUGUCCAACAUGGCAAUGGUCCACGGGAGAUGAGACUAAAGUUAAGACCUAUCUUCCGAAAGAUAAACAGUUCUUAGUCACAAAAAAUGUACCAUGCUACAAAAGGUGUAAACAAAUGGAAUAUGUUGAUGAGAACGAAACAAUUGUGGAACCUGAGGAUGAAGAUGGGGGAUGGGUCAGUACCCACAAUACAGAUAGUACAGCAAAUCAGCAGUCAACAACUGCUCAGGAUGAAAAAACAGCAGAAAUUCAACUUGAUUCAGACAAGAAGAAGGGUGUACCUGUUUCCGGCGACGAUGACGAUGACGACGAAGAUGAUGAUGAUGAAGAGGCUGAAGAUAUGGCAGCAUUUGAAGAAAGUGGGCAACUUGAUACCGACGAGGGCACUCUGGAAGUGGAGAAAACGUCCAAAGCCAGUACAGAAACUGAAAACAGCCCAGCAACCGAUGGAAUAUUGCAAACGCGUACAUACGAUAUGUAUGUGACGUAUGACAAGUAUUAUCAAACUCCGAGAUUAUGGCUUUUUGGUUAUAACGAGAACCGUAAACCUCUAUCUGUGGAGGAAAUGUACGAAGACAUGAGUCAGGAUCACGCUAAGAAAACAGUAACAAUUGAAUCGCAUCCUCACCUCCCAACGACAAUGGCUUCCGUCCAUCCGUGCAGGCAUGCUGACGUGAUGAAGAAAAUAAUUGAAACUGUUGCCGAAGGUGGAGGAGAACUCGGAGUUCAUAUGUAUCUUUUGAUAUUUCUCAAAUUUGUACAGGCUGUCAUCCCUACAAUCGAGUACGAUUAUACACGCCAUUUUACAAUAUCAUGAUCAAUCGCGCCAAUUUUCAUACAACAAAUUGAAAGGUCAGCACUCAGCAGAGACGUGAAUAACUACAUUGCAAAGACCAACAUACAGGGUUAUUCUUGGAAACGUCCGCUGCAUAUUACAUUGUGUCCAAUAUAUCAACAUUCAAUAAACAUUAAUGAUUAGAUAGACAAAGCUAAUUUUGCUAAUCAAAGCGUACAAUUAUUUUCUGUUCUAUAUUGCUGUGGUUGGUGGUAGUGAAAAACGCCGGCCGCAGUAUGUCGUCAUGUAGGAAGUAGCUAAUAUUAAAUUUAUUGCCUGCAGACUGUUCUAUGUCUGCCUGUUCUAUGUCUGCCUGCAGACUGCGCUAUGUCUCAUCACUGGUCUUAUUCCUAUAUAACAUAGCAUAACAAAGCCGAAAGAAAUAACCUCGUGUUUUUAUGUUUGCCCCUUCAAGGUCGUCUGUUUGCUUUUGUAAACAAUUCAGGUAAAACGUACAUGCAUCUUUUCCUCACGUUAAAAAUGACGAGUCAUUAAAGCAGUGACUGAACCUAUUUUGUGAAAAGAUGUCACUCUCUUUAUCUCAUAUAUUCAAAUUCUACAUGCAUGUGACUGCUGUUCAAGUAGGAUGAAUUCUCGCUACUACUUGACAUUUUCUGUUAAAAAUUAUAUACUAAAUGCCUAUUCUUAGGGUAAAAUCUCGACUUUCAUGGCUUAAAAUGGGAUGAUAUUUAUAGGAGUUAGUUAAUAUAAAGUUUAGUAUACGUAUUGAAAUCAUAAUACUUUCAAGAUGAUAUUCAGUGGUCGUCGCGUCUAAUGUCAUACGGUGGCUUACAUGCAAAUAUGAUUUUAAAUUGUCGGAUAUGAAAUAUUUGAAAAUCUUCUGUUAUAACAGGUUAAUUUUGCCCGAGCUAUAUAGCUAGUUAACAUUUUCUAUUUGAUUAUAACAAUAUCAAACAAGUCAAAGAAGAAACUUUCGACUCGUGUACACCCGUUGUGUCUUGCACUUCUUUGUAUUUGACCGUAGACAACAUUACAGGCAGUGAUAUAUUGCAUAUAUGAUAAUACAAUUCAUUAUCAGGAGUGAAAACUGUGGUUAAAGAAAGGCAGAUCCGGAGAAGCUAGGCAAUAUAGU